AUAGUCCUCGACAACCAAGUAAAACCCUACUUAUUUGCAACACUCGCUGCCGCCUUAUCUCUUCCCUCUCAGACUUCUUCACUCCCAACCUUUCAUCUCGCUCUCCGAAGAUUAUUGACAAUGAGUCGAGGAGCUGCAGCAGGCCCCAAGGGGAAGAAGAAGGGAGUGGCGUUUACCAUUGAUUGUGGUAAGCCGGUAGAAGACAAGAUCAUGGACAUUGCAUCCCUCGAGAAGUUUCUCCAGGAGAGGAUCAAGGUCGGAGGCAAGGCUGGUGCCCUUGGUGACUCUGUUACCGUGUCUCGUGAUAAGAACAAGCUAACGGUUUCCUCUGACAGCAACUUCUCUAAGAGAUAUCUGAAGUAUUUGACCAAGAAGUAUCUAAAGAAGCACAAUGUCCGUGAUUGGCUUCGUGUGAUUGCAUCCAACAAGGACCGAAAUGUCUAUGAAUUAAGGUACUUCAACAUCGCUGAGAAUGACGCAGAAGAAGAAGACUGAGACUGGAGUGUUUCUGUCAUCUAAGAAUCCUACCGUUCUAAUUGUGAUACUUUCUUCAAAUGAAUGCUGUUUUGCAAUUUUGUUUUCUUUAUCUAGUUGUGAGAUAUUGUUACCAUUGGACAAGUUUGUAAGGUAUUCAAUUCAUGUUUAACCAUUAAAUCGGUCUCAUCAAGUUUUACUGGUUA